UCUUGAAAACAUUCAAAACACACACAAACGCGAACUAGCGCAUGUUUGGGGCGAUACUAUUUCACGUGCGUAGUAUGUUUUGAGCUGUCGCUUCAAUACUUUCAAAAACAGCGGCGCUUAUAGGCGACUUGUGUACACCCGAGAGUGAGAGCUUCCGAUCAGUGCACCUUGUACAGACUGUGCCAUUCUAGCGUUCCUGAGAGCAGCAGCACCCAUUCACAACAUACGCGAGGUGGAAAUAUUCUGCAUCUUCAGUCGACUUAAAAUUGGCUGUGAGUAUUUUUUGUUGUUGGUUUCAUUGAUAAUGGAGAGUGAUGUAAAUCAUCGAUGCUCUAAGUGAUUAACUGAUAACAAAUAGAAUGCAGGAAUGGCUAAAAAUAUCGCUGAUGCUGUGUACGUUUGGCUUCCUAAAGGAAAUCCGUCCUAGCGAACCGUUCAUUAUGGAUUACCUGGCUGGACCAUGGCGCAAUCUCACCAUGACGGAGAUCGUACAAGAAGCUUUUCCUGUUGGCACAUACUCAUACUUAGCACAACUGGUUAUCAUAUUUUUAGUAACUGAUCUGCUCCGCUAUAAGCCGUUAAUUGUCGUAAAUGGUCUCUCGGGAAUCAUCGUAUGGAGCAUGCUGAUAUGGACGACCUCUUUGCAGGCGUUGAAAAUAUUAGAGGUGUUCUACGGAACAUAUUGCGCUGCCGAAAUUGCAUACUACAGCUACGUCUAUGCUAAAGUGGACCGAGAGCACUACCAAAAAGUCACCUCACAAACGCGUGCGGCCAUCUAUUGUGGUAGAUUCCUAGCUGGCGUAUUGGCACAAACACUGGUAUAUUUUAACGCCAUGAACUACAAACAACUCAAUUAUUUAUCUCUGGCAGCGCAGACCAGUGCAACGGUUUGGGCAUUGUUGUUACCAUCAGUCAAAACUAGCAUGUACUUCCACAGGGCCGCCUUGCCACCGACCAUGUGUACUCCAAUCAACGACGGCAGUUGCGGAAACGACUGUUCGAGUGAUAAAAUCUCUGUCAGCAUUCCAUCCUUCAAGCAGAAGAUUCUGUCAGCAUUCGUCCUGAUUUGGUUGCACUUCAAAACGUCGUUUACAAAUCUGACCGUACUUCAGUGGAGUAUUUGGUAUGCUCUCGCAAUGGCAGGCUACAUACAGGUUACCGCGUACAUUCAGGCGCUUUGGGGAGAAGUAGACCAGACGCAACGGGCUGUUUGGAAUGGCGCUGUAGAAGCAAUCCUAACCUUGCUCGGAGCGGUGGUAUCUCUUCUAGCUGGAUACAUCCAUGGUAGCUUUCUGAGACCUAGAAGUAGUCUCUUGGCACUUUCCGUUCUAUCACUAGGGCAAGGUGGCGCAAUUCUACUGACGUCUACCACCAAUCAACUCGUCAUCUCCUACGUGGGAUACAUAGUGUUCGGUAUACUGUAUGCAUUCACAAUCACCACCGUGAGUGCCGAGAUCGCCAAAAAUAUAUCCGAUGACAGUUUUGGGUUGGUGUUCGGUUUUAACACACUGAUAGCUUUAUCAUUGCAAACAAUGCUGACAUUCGCUGUUACAGAUUCGAGCGGAUGGUUUGCUUUGGACGUGAUUGGACAGUUCAUCGUGUAUGGCUAUUAUUUCAUAGUGCUCAGCGUUAUUUAUUUGUUGUUUCUGAUUUGCGAGAUCCUAGGCAGCUCGUGCAGAAACUGCCAAUGAAGAUUAUUAGUUCCAGCUGAGGAAAACUAUGAACAGUUCCGAGGGUACUUAACAUUGUUUUAGUAGAAUUUAGAAAUCUAGCGCUUCUUUAGUACAGUGUAAAAGACUGAUUUCAUUCGGAAGAUCCAUCAAGGAUUUCUCAAAGUAUAGGUAGUAAUAGAAGAAUAUAAUAAAAAACACAUAGAAUUUUUAUUGCUGAAGUGUGGUGAAUUUACAUUCUACGCACAGCGUACGCAGGUUAGAGCGUUUCACAAAUCUUUAGGUUUGUGGUUUAGGUGCGGUUGUUCCACAAUCACAUACCUUAGAAACAAGUAACCAGCUUACUUGAUUAGUAGUGUUUAAUCGAGUCGACAAUACAUACAACGAUAUACAAUUUCGAUUUAUUUAAUUAAAAAUUCCGAAUUCAUAGUUCUGUUGCGAAACAGAUUUAUAAUACAGAUAAUUUUAACCUGUUAUUUAUUUUAUAUUUGUUAACCCUUUAGCGUUGCAGUAGCUUAGUUGAAUAUGUGACGCGCUGUCACCUAGUGAUCGGGAUGGGUUAUUUGAUCGCAGUUGUUGAUGAGGUAUUUGUCGAAGACAAUCUACUUUGGGGGCUGUUCACGAUGGUGAAUGUCUGUUGGCCCAUAUUGGUAGAGACGAUUGUAGGAUUGAGCAUCUGAAAGGUGAAAGAUAUGUUUAUAAUAAGUCGGAUAAUUUUGGUAAUGCUAUAUAUUUUGGAAUAAUGUUUCUGAUUCAAUUGAUAAAGUUGUAUUAUCUUAUAGGUGACUCAGAACUCUUAAAGAGAAGUCCGGCAAAACUUAUACAAUGCAUGCAUCGGUUGAUAGUGAGAAUCAGGGACACGGAAAAGCUACCGGAGGAGUGGAAAGACGGAGUAAUCUGCCCCAUCUAUAAAAAAAAAGGUGACAAGCCGGAUAUUAGAACUGCCAUGCAAUCAUGAUGCGAAAUUCUGUCUCGGAUCCUCAGGCCGGAUUCAUGCUCGGUUGCUCGGUGACGGAUCAAAUUUUUACCCUCCAAAAGUGUCGCGAGUAUAAAGUGCCUACUCACCACAUCUUCAUCGACUACAAAGCAGCAUAUGAUACCAACGCUCAACGAUAGCUACAAAAAAGCAAGUGCCUCUCCUCUCACUGACAAAUUUCGGGAAGCUUUAUAAAAUUACUAUGUAAUAUCGAGGUUCCAUUGUAAUUCGGAUAAUCGAGGUUCCAUUGUAAUUCUCUGAAUACAUGCAACAAGCAAACCAAACAACUCGAAAAAGUAUGACAGUUGAACCGGUAGCUAUCACACGGUCUAUGCUAUCGACUGGCUCGAUACCUAUAACAACGGGUAUUUUAAUAGGGACGCUACAAAAGUAGAUCAAUAAGGACAGCAAACGACGCCAUAUUUUUUCCCGUUUUCUUGGCAUUUCUCUUCAGUUCAAGUUCGCCAUUUCAUAAUGGAGAGAUCAUGGCCUCAUCUUUAAGAACACUACGUCCCAUUCAUGGUCGUCAUAAUCGUCCUGCCAGAUCAACAAUUGAGCGUCUAGUGAAAAAAUUUGAAUCCACAGGCACAGUGCAAAAUGUUCCCGUGCCAGUUAGGCAAAAAACUACCCGUAGUGUCGAGAAUAUCGCUGCCGAUAGCGCAUCAAUUGGGGAAAACCCAAAUCAGUCUCUCACACGUCGUUCUCAAGCGUUGGGCAUCUCUGUGACGUCGUUGUGGCGAAUUUUGCGAAAAGAUCUUGGCCUACAUCCUUACAAAAUCAAAUUGGCGGAAGAACUGAAGCCGCUUGACCACAAGAAGCGUCGUAUGUUCGUGAAUUGGGUUGAGUAACAACUUGGAAAUGAUCCGGAUUUUCAUCGAAAAAUCUUUUUCAGCGAUGGAGCUCAUUUUUGGCUGAAUGGCUUCGUCAAUAAGCAAAAUAUGCGAUAUUGGUCAGGCAGCAAUCCACACGUACUCCAUGAGUCACCAUUGCAUCCCGAAAAAAUUACGGUUUGGUGCGGUUUAUGGUCCGGCGGCGUCAUUGUGCCGUACUUCAUCUGUGAUGAUCAAGACCGGUACGUUACUGUGAAUGGGAAUCGCUACCGCUCAAUGAUAACCGAAUAUUUUUGGCCUGGAUUGGAUGAUCUUGGUCUUGGGAUUGGACAAUAUGUGGUUUCAACAGGACGGUGCCACAAGCCACACAACGAAUUUAACAAUCGGUUUACUGAAAAACAAGUUUGAUGAGCGUGUUAUCUCACGAAAUGACCCAGUCAAUUGGCCGCUUCGGUCGUGCGAUUUGACGCCAUUAGACUACUUCGUGUGGGGCUACGUCAAAUCUAUGAUCUAUACCAACAAGUCAGCGACGAUUGUUGAACGACGUAAGAAUAUCGAACGUGAAAUUGCAGCAGUAUCGGUCAAUUUAUGCUUGAAAACUGUCGAAAAUUGGGUUCAGCGUCUGCACUUCUGCAAGCGUGCCAAUGGAGGCCAUGCAAAAGAAAUCGAGUUCCAUACAUAAU